AUGUUCUCCAAGGCGAGAACCACGGAAACCGCGGACAGGGACGCGGAAGAGGAUUACGAUCCCGUCGCUCAUCGUCCCCCAGGACCCCUGACCACAGAUUUCGCUGCAAUGAUGCAUUUGCUGAAAGCCUCGGUGGGAAAUGGGAUGCUCAUCCUGCCAAAUGGAUUCAGAAGAUCCGGCUACGUGAUGUCAAUAAUCUGCAGUAUUUUUAUAGGCUUGUUAUGCACCCACACAGUUGUGGGAUUGGUGAUCGAGUUCCUUUCCGGUUUCGAAAUGGAUGUGCGAGUCUACAUAUUGGCCCUGUUCCCCUUCGCCUGUGGACUCGGUUUCGUCCCGAACCUGGCGUACCUGACACCAUUUUCCAUAGUGGGUUUUCUAUUCAUGCUCGUCGGCAUUUGCAUCGCCUUUUAUUAUCUGCUCGACGAUAUUCCCGAUCCUGGAAGGCUGCAGGCGUUCACGCACGUGAUGCCUGUGCCGAUGUAUUGCAACUUGAUGCUGUACGGUCUGCACAACGUGACCCUGUGCAUGCCGUUGGAGAACUCGAUGAAGAAUCCGCUCCAUUUGCCAUGGAUAGUAACGUUCAACAUGCUGUUUAAUACCGGCAUGUACACGGUAUUCGGCUUCCUCGGUUACAACAAAUACAUGAACGACACCUGCGACACGGUGAUCAAGAAUCUACCGAACGAGGAAAUACUCGCUCAAUUUGUAAAAAUAGCCAUUUCUAUUUCCAUCUUCUUCUCGCUUGGAAUAGCUUAUUACGUGCCAUACUCGGUAUUAUGGCCGAUGAUCGAGUCGAAACUUAAGUCCUACAGUUAUGGCAAAUUUAUGUUUCGUUUGGGUGCAGUGGUUGCAACAACAAUAUUGGCCAUCGCGGUCCCGAUUAUGGUUCCAUUGCUCGGCCUUCUCGCAGCUAUAAGCAUGACCACCGUGAUGUUAUUAAUUCCCACAGUAAUAGAAACAACAACAAAGUGGGAAAGAAGUACACGGUUUCUUUUAGCAAAGAAUAUCAGCAUUUCCUUCAUCUGGAUGCUUUUAUUGGUUUUCGGAGUUGCAGAAGGUAUAUUGUCCAUCGUCCGAGAAUACCAUGGCGUGAAAAUGAAAGGAUGCUGA